AUUUGUUUCCUUUAUCCUUUCUUCAAAGGAGGGAAACAAAAAUGGCGUCACUUGAAUCACUCAAGCUCUCGUACUUCCAUCUCUCGUCUUCUCCAAACGCCCAAUUACUUUUCCCAACAAAAUUAAAUCUCUCAAUUUCAUUUCCCACAACCAAGGCCAAAAUUAUCCUCAAAUCCCCUCUUUAUCCCCUCCCUCUUCCAAUUUCAAGAAAAUUCCAGGUAUGCUUAUCCUCAGCAAUCGAACAAGAGAUUUCAGUAGUAGAAGAAGAGAAAUUGGAACAAACCGAGAAAGAAGAUAACAAAAGGAAGCUUUUUGUUCUUAAUCUUCCAUGGUCUUUCUCUGUUGCUGAUAUCAAGAAUCUAUUUGGCGAAUGCGGAACCGUAGCAGAUAUUGAGAUAAUAAAAAGGGAGGAUGGGAAGAGAGGGUUUACGUUUAUCACAAUGUCUUCUGGUGAAGAGGCUAUGGCUGUAAUCAAGAAAUUCGAUUCCCAUGAACUUUUGGGUAGGAUUCUGAAAGUUGAAUAUGCUAAGAAAUUCAAGAAACCAACACCACCUCGAUCUCCAUCUUUACCAGGUGUGGGUGAGACGCGCCAUAAGCUGUUUGUAUCAAAUCUUGCAUGGAAAGUUAGGGCUUCAAAUCUUAAACAAUUCUUUGGUGAUUUCAAUCCUGUUUCCACUAGGGUUGUUUUCAGCCCUUCUGGAAACUCAGCUGGAUAUGGGUUUGUUUCAUUUUCCUCAAAAGAAGAAGCAGAUUCUGCAAGAUUGGCCUUAGAUGGGAAGGAGUUGCUUGGGAGAGCGAUUAUUUUGAAAUUUAGUGAAAAAUCGGGUGAUAAAUCUGAAAGUAAUGAGGAAACCACUUCAGAGGAACAACCUGCUGAAUCAUAGUUUAUCAUAAUUUAUUCAUCUGGUUGACUGGAUUAUGGUAAAGAGGAGAUUGAUGGGAAGAGAAAUUGAUGAUUUUGUUUUGUCAUCUUAAAUGAAAGAAGCUAUGGAGUUGUACUUCCUAAAUGACUACAUCUGCUCAAAUGUAUCUUCUUUGAUAAAUAUAAUGAUUCUGAUGUGGCAUUUAUCGUGUUGUUGUUGCCGAGUAAAUUGGAACAUGUUAAUCAUAGUGUGAAC